UGAGUGAAGUGAAGUGUAGUGAAGUUGGCUGGCUGACUGUGUGUCAGAAUCUUUUAUAAAUAAGAGAUGAAUGAUAUUGUGCAAGCUUUAAAAACCCAUUUUGGGUUUGAAAAGUUUCGAUCACAGCAGCAAGAGGAUGUUGUUAAAGCGGUGAUGAAAGGUGACCGGGAUGUGUUUGUGUGUAUGCCAACCGGGGCAGGGAAGUCUUUGUGCUACCAGCUUCCUGCAGUACUGGCUACUGGCAUCACACUGGUCAUAUCACCUCUGAUUGCACUAAUACAGGAUCAGGUAGAACACCUUAAAGCACUAAACAUACCAGCAUGUUCCAUAAACUCAAAGCUUCCGUCUGGAGAAAGAAGGCAGAUCCUAGCUGACUUGCAGAGUGAAAAUCCUCGGCUCAAGCUGCUGUAUAUCACUCCUGAGAUGGUUGCUUCUCCGGCCUUCCAGCCUUGUCUGAACUCACUGAGCUCCCGUGGGUUGCUAGCCUGCCUGGCAGUUGAUGAAGCCCACUGUGUCUCUCAGUGGGGUCAUGAUUUCAGACCUGACUACCUGAAGCUGGGAAACCUGCGGGCCCUUCUUCCUGGAGUCCCCUGUGUGGCCCUGACAGCAACAGCACCCAAGCGUGUGCAGCAGGACAUUGCACACUCACUAAGGCUAAGAUCGCCACUCACGUUUUCCACUCCGGUGUUUCGGAAAAACCUGAAGUAUGAUGUGAUAUUUCGAGAUCUGCUGCCUGACCCAUAUGUUCAUCUACAUGCGUUUGCUAAGGAAGCACUCGGGGGAUGCUCAGCUGAGAAGGGUUGUGGGAUUGUAUACUGUCGCACAAGAGAGAGUUGUGAGGAUGUCGCACACAGAUUAAUGAAACUUGGGAUCAUGGCUAGGCCCUAUCAUGCAGGCCUGAAAGCAGGAGAUCGCACUGAUUCCCAGACUGAUUGGAUGGAAGGGAAGGUGCCGGUCAUUGUGGCCACUAUCAGCUUUGGGAUGGGUGUUGACAAGGCCAAUGUGAGGUUUGUAGCUCACUGGAACUUGGCAAAGUCCUUGGCCAGUUAUUAUCAGGAAUCAGGACGUGCCGGCCGUGAUGGCCUUCCUUCUUCUUGCCGCAUAUACUACUCUCCCAAAGACAGAGACCAACUCCGCUUUCUCAUCUGUAAAGAGAUCACCCACAAACAGGAGAAACGAGGUUCAGAGAAGGAACAGGAUAGAGCACCUCUGCUGGACUUUGAGGCCAUGGUUGCUUUCUGUGAACAAGAGGGAUGCAGACAUGCCACUAUAUCCAAGUUCUUCGGGGACCAGACACCCAACUGUGCCGGUGCCUGUGACUACUGUCGCAACCCUAAACUGGUCCGUGCCCAGCUGGAGAGAGCUGCUGCUCUGAGCACUAAAAUAGGGCCAGCGCAGAGCUCACAGCCCAGGGGACCUUUUGGUUUUGACUCUGAGCUUUAUGGAGGAGGAAAGAAAGGCUAUGGCUUUGAGAGGUAUGAUGAAGAGUGGGAGGACAGCGCUGUAGAUGACUCUGAGAAACGAAAAAAAGAGUUUGGGGAUUUGUUCAGGAAACAGAUGAAUCUACGCAAGGCAUCAAGUGGCCCAAGAGAGACAUUUGUUCCACCAGAUGCUGACUGUCCAUUGAAGGAGGCGAGCAGUCAGAGAAUCCCAAGACUCACAGUGAAGGCACGAGAGCACUGUCUUUCUCUUCUCCAGGCAUCUCUGACUAACCACAGAGGCACAACAGAUCAGAUAUACAGCUCUCAUCCACUUUCCAUGGCUGUUGAAAUAGAGCACGAAGUGUUCCGAUCUUGCAAGUCUGCAAACCUGUAUAAGGCUGCAGUUCUCAAGAGAGUAGCAGAGCUGAAGAAAGAUGCCGAUGAUGCUGUAGUGCCACCUGUGGACGAGAAUGGAGAAGCAUGUAGCGCCAGUGCCGAUGAAGAGAAAAGGAAGAUGAUUAAAGAAGCAGCCUCCUCUUCUUCCUCAUCUAUCCCUGAAGAUCAGCUGGGCUUUACAUCAGCCUCUCAGAUCUAUUCACUGAAGCGAAAGCGUGUGGGUGCAGGAUUUCGUGGCUCGUCCACCCUCUUCCAGAGUGCGCCAGAGUUUCUGAACACUUCCAAGAAUGAGACCCUACCAGCAUUGUCCAUGUCUCAAGAACCUGCUCAUAAUGAAGAGGAGCAGGAAAGAAAUCCUGAGAUGAAGAGAAGCAAAACAUCCCCAUCUGUCUCCUCAUCAUCUAGUAGCCCCAACAAGAGAUCAGGCAAAGUCCUGAGCAAGAAACAGCAGAAAUUAGCAGAAGCAGCCAAGAACUCGCACUGUAUCUCUCAGUACUUUGGGAAAAAGAUAACAGAUGAUACCCCAAAAAAUGGAGAGGCCACAGUCUUGGAAUCUGAGGAAAUGUGUGUCUUUGUGGAAACUCCACCUAACCGCAGUGUUGUCUUGAAUUCUAACACUGAGACUCAACAUGACCAUUCCAUGGAUGCAGAAAGCACUGAAAAGAAUUCACGGCCUGUGGAGAACCAGACUAUGGAUGUUAUUCCCAUGGAUAAGAGCGCUACUGAGGUAGAGACACACAGAACUGAAGAGGCCACACAGAGCUUUGAGGAGAGGACCGUGCUAGAGGCUGAAGGGAGGAAGUCACAGUCUGAUGCCAAAGUACAACCAGAAAGGCCUUGUGAAGAUGGAGAGUCGCACACUCAUCCCCCCACCAAAUGCAGCCGUCCACCCGACAACAAGCGCAGAGUGACCUUUGACCCUGUGGUGCAAGAGAGAAAGAUGGAGGCAGACAGAGAUGCCAAUCAUGUGCCACUCCAGCCUGUGACUCUGAAAGAAGCAGCUGAUAUUGUUGUGAGAAUUUUGGAUCCUUUCUACAAAAAGGGCAAAUUUGCUACAAAGGACCUGUUUAAGUCAUUUGCACGCUUCCUCUCACAUCUACUCAUAGAAGGAAAAGCUAAGGAUCGAGUAAAAGUGAAAAUGGAAGCCAAGAGCUUAAUCAAGCGUCUCUUCAGCAGCAUCCAGCGCUGUGAAAACGAAACUGACUGGAAACACCUGCAAGAUGCAGCCAAAGCCAAUGCAGCACAGGAGGACUGAUGGAGCUUCCUGCUUUACUCUUUACCCUUUCCCCAACCUUGGAUACUUCUGGUCAAAGCUUACCCCUCUCUCAGGGACGGUAUGUGCACAGAGGCUGCUGCUUAUAUGAUGGCCAAGUGUUUCAGUAUCUGGCCCUUGUUUGCGCCUACUAGUACUCUUUAAUGGCAAGUGCUGAAUGAGUUUUUUUUUUUUUUUUUUUUUAAUUUCCAGUGCACCGAUUCAUUACUGUGAUGUAGCAUUAUUUCCUAGCUGCUACUUUAGAUGCUGCUAUGUAUGAUGGUAUUUAUGAACAACAUUCAGACAUUUUACAGAGAAUAAAAUACCAAAAAUACAUGAAACUUCUGUUUUAAACAAUUUCUAAUUGAUUAUUUGUUGUUGUUUUGUCUUUUUUUUUUUUUUUUUUGCUUUAAGCAAAAUGGAUGUUUAUUUUUUCUGUGGUCCCUCAUCAUAAAGGGUGUGGACAUGAUACCUGAUUGACCUCCAUGCAAAAUGAAAAUAAAUAAUAUGCAUUCUUA